CCCUGUAACAACUUGCUAUGUGCUGAAGACUGCCAGUGUGAGAGACAGACAGACAAACAUAGGAAGAGACUGUAGGCUAAUACAGACACAUACACAAACAUAGAGGGAGUUAAAUAUAAGAAAGUCAUACUGAACAAUUGUGCCAACUGCCAGCUAUGGUGUGGAGUGCUUGGAUUCCUUGAAUGGACUUUUGAAUGGGCUGUGUUUAUGUGUAUGGAUUCUGACUGAAGCUGAUUCAAAGAAAUGGAGAACGUCCUCGCCAAAGCCCUCUAUGACAACACGGCAGAGUGCUCGGAUGAGCUGGCCUUCCGGAAGGGUGACAUCCUCACGGUGAUGGACCAGAAUGUGGCGGGCAGCAUCGGUUGGUGGAAGUGCUCCCUGCACGGGCGCCAGGGCCUCGCACCGGCCAACCGGCUGCUUGUCCUCUCUCCCUCCCAGGCGGAGGCGCUCUACUCCAAGACCUCCAGUCAGGCAGACAAGCCCUCCCUGCCGGGCUCCUCCCCAGUCAGGCAAGCCCCCCAGAGCAUCUACCAGGUGCCCUCGGUGCCCAGGAAUUGUAACUCCAGCCCUGCGUAUGAGUGCAUGGAGCGCAUCUAUGAGGUGCCCUCCUCCGCCCCACACCCUGCCUGCUGGAGCCCAGGGCCCUUGCCACUCAGACAAGAGGGCAUAGGCUCACCCACAAAGGCCAAAAGCACAGCACCCAGUCCUACAGCGGAGGUGUAUGAUGUCCCCAGCCUGGUGCGAAAAGCUUCUCUCGUCAAUACUCAGGCUCCAAAUCUGAGGACACGGAAAUCUUCUCUGGCCUCUGAUCUUGAGAAGCGCUAUGAGAUCAUGGACACCAAGAUAAGCAACAGCUGCAGCCAAAAUAAUGUGUACGCUGUGCCUCCAUCCAUAUCCCCGGAGCCCAACUAUGACAUCCCUGUGCCCGCUACCAUUGAUGCCGAACACAGACUGGCAGGCAGCUACAGCACUCUGCCAAUACCCCGCAAAUCUGAGUGGAUUUAUGACGUGCCGGCAGCCACAGAGAAAUCUGGCAACUAUGGCACCAUGCCAGCCAAAGUGGCGAGCGCUCGCGUUUGGCCUCCCAAGAGCUCCAGCCCUGGCUCAGACACGUCCCUCUAUGACAUCCCAAAACCCAGCCCGAAUGUUCUGCAGGGAGAGGGAGGAACCAGCCCUACCGGCAUUUACGACAUCCCCCCGGGACAAAAGCAGACAGAGGGGCCUGAGAGUGCCCCUGUUUCCCAAGAGGCAUUGCCUUCCCGUGGUGCCAUGGCUUCACGGGAGUCUCUGCUCUCUCGAGCUGAGCCAUUCUCCCCCCGGGGCCACGUGCCGCUGGAGUGCCGGGCGAACUGCGGCCCUACGUACGACCACCCGCGCGGUCGCCUGCCCCGCGGCCGACUGGGCCUCAUGUCCCUGCUGGAGGAGGAUGGGAGCAGGGGGGAGCACAGGCCUGGCAGCCGCACAUCCCGCUCGUCCACCACCGACAGCCAGCGAAUCAGCACGGCGUCCACCUCCUCCACGGCCUCCAGCUCGUCCACCAGCUCGUGUGACUCCCUGGCCCUCAGCUCCUCGUCGUCGCCGGAGCUGCUGCGCGAGGUAACGCUGGCACAGGACGAGGUGUGCCGGCGGCUGGCCGGGCUGCAGGACGAGGUUUGCCGUGACGUGCCACGGCUCAUGCUGUUCGUCAGCAGCCGCUGGCGCUGCCGCGAGCACCUGGCCGAGCACCUGCCGGCCGUGCGUGCCGCCGCCGAGGCCAUCGCCAGCUCCGUCACACACUUCCUCAACUUUGCGUCGGACGUGCGGGGCAAUGCGCGGCGCCUUACUGACGCCAACCUCCAGGCGCGGCUGCUCAAGCAGCUCUCCAUCGUGGAGGACUCGGGGCUCAUUCUGCAGCAGGCUGUGGAGGCCCUGGACAAGGUGGGCUGGAAACUGGACAUUCUGGCACAGGACCCAGGUCAGGCGCAGACCCCCGACCAGCUGGAGCGGUUCGUCAUGGUGGCGCGCACGAUGCCUGAGGACAUCAAACGCCUUGUGUCCAUCCUCAAUGCCAAUGGAAAGCUUCUGUUCCGACUGGUGCAGAAGGAGCCGGAAUCGCCACAAAAAAACACAGCGCUGCCAGAUCUGAAAAAAGACAAGGGCAAGAGUAAGCAGGUGGCAGACCCAGAUGAAGAUGAUAAUGAUUAUGUCCAGCUACAGAAGUUCGAGCAGAAACAAAAGAAAGUACCGGUUGACAGAACAUCCAAGGAGAUUCCAAAUACUCCCAAGAGUCAGGCGUGCUCUUCGUCUUCCUCUUCAAGCUCUCAGAAUGAGAGGGCUCCCCCCCCGCCCCCCACGGCACCCAAACCGCUCCUCAGACAGCCCUCGCAGUCGGUGCUCUCGGAACACUGCCGUCUGUACUUCGGCGCGCUACAGCGGGCCAUCAACGAGUUUGUGAGCAGCAUCCUGGCUGGCCAGCCCCCUGAAGCCUUCAUCUCCCACAGCAAGCUGGUGAUCAUGGUGGGCCAGAAGCUGGUCAACACGCUGUGCAACGAGGCCCACAAAGACGGCAGUGGGAACAACAACACCACCUGCGCCGCCAGCAAUUGGUAUACCACCACCAACAACAGCACCAGCGCCAGCAGCAACAGCAGGAGUGACCUGCUGCACAGGAGCAACCACCUGUGCGCCCUCCUGAAGCAGCUAGCGGUGGCCACCAAGAAGGCCGCCUUGCACUUCCCUGACCAGCUGGCGCUCCAGGAGGCUCAGACUUUUGCCAAGGAGCUGGCCCAGCGGGCAAUGCAGUUCCGGCAGUCACUGGAGGUCUGAAGUAACAUGCUCCUGGUUUUAGUGAUGGACAGCACCAUGACACUUUUAAAUAUCUGAAAACAUUGAGACAUUAAAAUGAAAAAAAGUUACAGGUGAUUUUAUUUUCACAUCCAGAAAUCGGAAGUACAUUUUUGUGAUGUACAAGUACAACUCAGACUGGGCCAUUUUCCACACCUUUUCCAUUGUAUAGCAACUAUUUGGACAAUUUGAUUUUUUUUGUCCUGCAUUUGAGUGCGUAGCUAGCACUGGAACUCUACAGGCAGACUGCUAUCAUUUUCAUAAAAUCCCAAGACAGACAUCUGUCACCCAUUAGCUUGUUUGAUCAUGAAAUGGACGUGAAAUAUCAUGGCAAUUUUGGUCAUAUCUGCUGAAUCAUUAUUGUUUCAAAUUUGAAGCAAUUUAUUUGUGCCAAAAUACAUUUCACUUGAUGUAUUUAGAUCUUGAGCAAUUCAUAACUUUUAUGGAAUUAGUCAUUACAAUUUAUAUUAAGUACUGGUAGUAUUGUUAAGUAUUUUUUUAGGUCUUAUUAGUUUGUACAAUUCGUGUAUAUGGAAGAGCCUAAGAGAAGUUAUUGUUUUUUUUUAUUUGGUCACUGUUACUAAAAAUAAUAUGAAAAGUCUUCCCUAAGGUUUGAAAUCUUAAAGGUUUAUCAUUGCAUAAACUAAAAAGACAUUCCAUCCAAAUUUCUGAGUCCUGUGAAGCUCCUCGCAUUUCAUAUGACAAAAUACAGACUAUGUGACACCAUGAGCCUGAUACAGGUAUUCUUUCAUUACAAUAUACAUUGCAAUAUUAAACCCUCCAUUUAGGUGAAAAGUCCUGAAGAGCUGAAGUAACACUCUACUUAUCUUAUUUGAAGAUGUCAGAAUCUGCCCUUACACCACCACCAGUUUUGUGAGAAGCCUUAUCUGUUUUUUUGCUUCCUUAGGAAAUGUCCAUUUUAACAGUCUUCUAGCAGUCAGUUUUAGCGGUGUCAUGGUCAUCAACAAAUUUUUUGCACUUUUGUUUUUGAGCCAAACCUUAAGGUUAAUAUAGAAACAAUAUACCUAUAUUGUUGAUAAAUGCAAGUGUAAUUAUUUUUGUACAUUGGGAGUUGGUGUUGUCUGAGGAGGUUAAUGUGUUCCGUUUAUUUUAAAUGAUUGAUAUUCGGCUGUGUGUACAUAUUCAUUAUAGUUUCAUUAUAGUGGCAUAUAGACGUAUUAGUCAGUGUAAAGAAACCUUUAUUAUGUUAUUUGUUAUUGUUUAUUCAGUCUCCAUGUUAGUUUCGCUGUGUGUUU